AUGAUCCUGCUCUGGACAAUUUCACUGCUGCUAGGGCCAGUAGCAGGAACUGAAGUCUGCUACAACAGACUCGGCUGCUUCACUGACGACGCUCCGUGGGGUGGAAUUUCGGGAAGACCAGGCAAAAUACUACCCGAGAGUCCAGAAGAGGUCAACACCCGCUUCCUCCUGUACACCAACAAGAACCAAGACACCUAUCAAGAAGUUGUUGCAGAUGCGUCAAGCAUCAAGAGCUCCAAUUUCAGAACAGAUAAAAAAACUCGCUUCAUUAUUCAUGGGUUCACAGAUACGGGAGAAAACAGCUGGCUGACCAAUAUGUGCAAGAACAUGUUUCAGGUGGAAACCGUGAACUGCAUCUGUGUGGACUGGAAGGGGGGCUCCCGCGCCUCAUACCCGCAGGCCACCCAGAACGUCCAGAUUGUGGGGGCAGAAGUGGCGUAUUUUGUUAACACUCUUAAGUCGUCGCUGGGAUACUCUCCUUCCAACGUCCACGUCAUCGGCCACAGCCUGGGUGCCCAUGCUGCCGGGGAGGCGGGACGGAGGACCAACGGGGCCAUUGGACGAAUCACAGGGUUGGAUCCAGCAGAACCUUACUUUCAGAACACCCCUGAAUUAGUCCGAUUGGACCCCAGCGACGCCCAGUUUGUGGAUGCAAUUCACACGGAUGCUGCUCCCGUGAUUCCCAACUUGGGAUUUGGAAUGAGCCAAACCGUGGGUCACCUCGACUUCUUUCCAAAUGGAGGACUGGAAAUGCCUGGGUGUAAAUCGAGUUACGUCUCCCAGGCUGCUGACACAGAGGUGGAAGGGAGAGGAGCACGUUUCUCACUGACGUGUAAUCACUUAAGAUGCUUGGAUUACUAUACUGAUAGCAUCCUCAAUCCCAGUGGCUUUGCUGGGUUCUCCUGUGACUCUUACAACGAUUUCACGGCGAACAAGUGCUUCCCCUGCCCCAGUGGAGGCUGCCCGCAGAUGGGACAUUACGCUGAUAGGUUUUCUGGGAAAACAAAUGGAGUGGGCCGGAAAUUUUAUCUGAACACUGGCGAUUCUAGUAAUUAUGCUCGUUGGAGGUAUCAAGUAGCUGUCACACUGUCUGGAGAGAAAGUUACAGGACGAAUACUAGUUGCUUUGCUUGGAAAUAAAGGAAACUCUAACCAGUAUGAAGUUUUCCAAGGCUCUCUACAGUCAGGCCAAACUCAGUCCAAUGGCUUGGACUCAAACGUGGAAGUCGGGGAUGUGCAGAAGGUUCAAUUCACUUGGCAUAAAACUGGCAUCACCUCGAGCAAGUCCAAAGUGGGAGCAACCAAGAUCGUGGUGAAGAGGAACGACGGAAAAGUGUUCAAUUUCUGUAGCACUGGCACCGUGGUGGAGAAGGCUCUGCUGACUCUCAGCUCGUGUUAG